UUCGAUAAGCAACUGGUUUUUCUUUUCUCUCUUCGAUGAAACUGACCUCCAUAACGACUUUAUUUAUGCAUGUACCGAGUUAUGCAAACCCGCCCCACCCUUUGUUAGAAAAGAUCAAAGCACAAGCGAAAGUGCAGCGUCUAGAUAUUUCUGUCCGAAUAACUGAGUUGUAGGAGCAUUGCCAAGCAACAAACCACGGGCGGGGAAAAGGAAGGAGCGGGGGGUGGGGGGAAGGAAAAACAAAGUUUAGUGGCCGGGCCUGUCGCAAGUGUCAGCCGGCACGGUCUGUGCAAAGCCGGCCGAAGUCCCCGCUGCAGCCAACGGCGCUCUUUGCAGCGAGAGAGAGGAUCUGCGGUGCGCGGCUGCUUGAAGGCGCGAGAAAGGGGAAAAGGAUUGCUCACCACGCUCGCCAUGCACCCCUCUGCCCGCCCCGUCUACUACGGCGUUGUUUUCGUCUGGUGUAUGUAUUUUUUCUACGCCAGCGCCUACUUCGUGGCCAACCUGCAGAAGCCCAGCAUAGCCAUAGGCAGCUUCAACCCAUUUUGGGGCAGUCAAUGGAAAUACCUGAGUUUUCUCAAUGUGGUUUUGCAGGUUAUUUUCUAUGCAAUCUCCUUGCUGACCAGUGCAUUCAUAUUAAUGAAGAAACGAAGAAUUGCCACAACCAUGACUUCCUUUAAAGACUUGAUCUUUAGUAGCUUGGUUUUUCCAUUAUCCACAUUUGUGUUUACUACAUUUUGGAGUCUAUACCUCUAUGAUCGGAACCUUAUUUACCCAAAAUAUAUGGAUUCAGUUAUUCCUGAGUGGGUUAAUCAUGGAAUGCAUACUUUGGUAUUUCUUUUGACCCUGGUAGAAAUUUUUGUUGUCCCUCAUCAGUAUCCAUCAGUGGGUAAAAGCCUCAGUAUUUUAGGAAUGAUUGCACUAACCUAUCUACUUUGGAUCUUCUACUUUUUUGCUAAAACAGGAAAAUGGCUAUAUCCUAUCUUCAGGUUUUUAAGUCCACUUGGCAUGAUAGUGUUUUCAGGGAUUGCUGCUGUCGCCCUUUUCUUUUACUACAUGUUAGGAAGAUUUCUCAACUGCAUGAUUUGGGGUGACGCAGUUCCAGUGCUUCACAAGAAGAAAUGCAAAUGAAAAGGUGAUGGUGUCAUCCCAAGAGCUAGACAGAUGAUGAAACUAAGAAAAUUUCUACGAAAUCUCUCUGUAUAAAGCCAAAAUAAAUUCUUUGGAGUAAAAAGUUCUGCCAGCACAGAAGAACAAAGAUCCAGGAAACAUGUGGACUACUGCCAAAGAAGUAUUGUCAUUGAUUAGAGAAUUCAGAUUGUUAUAUAGCAGUGAUGGUGAACAUUUUCAGCACCCUGAAGAGGAGCUGCAAAGGGGGCAUGCACACGCAUGCACACACCGGGAAAUGAAUUUCCCAGAUACCUAGUCUUUCAGUUACUGGUCCGCAUGCGCGCACAACGAUCAGCUGGCUGGCACGCAUGCCCACGCCAGAAAACUUUCCACUUUCCGGCACUGCCGCAUGCACAAAGGCCAGCUGAUCAUUGAGUGCGCAUGUGCACCAGAAACCCGGAAGAGGAACAGGUGUUGCUCGUGCCAAGCGAAAUGGCUCCAUGUGCCUUAGGCUCGCCAUCAUGGUUAUAAGGGAUGACCAGAAUCUGCUAAGAGACAAAUAUAACACAAACGACUAACAUGAUUUUGGCACACAAUUGCAUAUCAAAUGAGGCUAAAUUCUAUUUUUUUAAAAUUCAACUGCAAUUCUAAUUUUAUUCAGAUACGUUUAUAGCUAUUUUCUUUAUUCAACAUGCGCUGGUAUAAAUUACUAAAUUGUAACAGAACAAAACACCCCAAAGUCAGUCACAUAUUUUUUUAUGAUAAUUGGCUUUCUGUAAUAUGAAAUCUGAAACUAUAAAAUGCUCAGUGUUAAAUAAUAUAUAUGAGAGUCCAGUAAGGCAGCUGAGGCCCACAAAAAUGGCUAGAUUGAAUUAGGAUUAUUUUGAGGAUAAAAUGAAAUAACAUCUGAUCUUCUUCUUGACCUCUUUAGAUGAGCCCAAGCUACAAAUACAAUAAUUUAGAAACUUGUAUACAAAGUAAUUAGGAUUGGAAUUUCUAUUGCUAGGUGAUGAGGUCAUAAAGCAUGAUGUCAUGUGAUUUAGCAAUGGCAAUCCAACCAGUUGCCAUGUUGCUGUCAUUAAGCAAAGACCAUGUAGGUUGUUAAGUGAGAAUCUCACAUGAUCAGAACUUCCUGCCAACUCCUCCAUUGCUUGUGGGAAGCCAACUGGGAAGGUUGGAAAUCAUUAUUGCAUCAUGGGGGGGGGCAAUAUUUCAACAAUAGGAUAUCCUGGCUGGUUGCCAAGCACCCAGAUCACAAUCGUGACAGCAGAAGUGCUGUGGCAGCCAGCACUUUUGAGGACCAGUCACUGAGCACCAUUCAUACAUUAUAGCAGUUUCUGAAUAUAUGGUUAUUGAAUGGGAACUAUCUGUUGUGUCUGCACCCCCUGAACCGGGGCCCCUGCCAGAAAGUGACUCGGAAAGUGAGGGGGAAGGGCCAUCAGGAGUUACCUCUGGAGCACUGGCUUCCCUGGCUCAGCUCCAGGAGCCAGAGGCAAGCCAGGUGGAGGAUAUAACGAGGCCUCCGUCCCCUGACUCUUCCCCCCCUGGCCACGCCUCCAGACACGGCUCAUGACAAUCAGGCCUGGCUGGACCCUAGGUUUCGUAGGCAGGAGAGGCGGGAACAACAGAAGCAAGGGUGGGGCAGGCCUAGGAAGAGCUGAGUCAUGGAGCCACACCCCACAGGAUAUAAAAGCAGCAAUGGCUGUUAUACCCCUUCGUGGCAAGCAAAUCAACUGCUUAACUAGAGCUGAAGUACUGUUUGUUCCUGGUUGACUCAUCAGCAUCAAGAGAGAUAACAGAGACACUUGGCAGACACUCGCUAGUUUGCUGCCAGAAGCUGAUACUGCCAGCUAAUUAAGUCAUCGCUCGGACUGAGGCGAGGGGGACAGAACACUAUCUGUAUAUUCCUUAAAAAAAACAAUAAGCACAUAAAACAAUCCAAGAAUUCAGAGCAUUGAACUUGGAAUGUGGGUAUGCGGCAUAAAUCAACAAGAUGGAAUUGAAAUAACCUUAUUUAACAAAACAAAAUUAAUGCCAUGAAUAAGUUAAUGAAUAGUUCUUGUAUUUUGCAUAUUUAUAGAGGAUGAAUAAGAAAGCCGGAGGCUUAUUUCUAAUUAUUACGUUAUGUGUUUACUUUUAGAUCCCGAGUAGGAUCAAUUUAAGUUAAUUUACAGAAAAUAAAUUGUGAGUAGGUCUACUUUUAAAAAUUAAAGUGCCAUAAGAAGAAGAAAACAACCCAAUGAAAAUCGAACUGAAGGGCAAUGCAGUGUGUUCCCAUAUAAAACAUUAUUUCAAAAACAUGUAUGCAGGAUCUAUAACAGCGAAUGCACUCACCUGCCUUUUGACUCAACCAUUACUCUAGAAAGCCAUGUUUUAUUCACAGGAGUCUGAGUGUGCUACUAAUGCCUGAACGAUAAACAUCACAAUACAGGUAGUCUAUAUUCCAUGUCCUAAUGGAGACUGGCAACUCCCCCACUAAGUGAAGCAAUCGCUAAAUGGGAAAUCAUGUGAAGAUAGCUACUGUCGUGUCCCACUCCUCCUCUGACGGCCGGGUCAGGGAAGUCCGUAUCAAGCAUGGCCGCAAAGCCUCUGCAGCUUUGCCAAAGUUCUGUCAGAGUUCUCAGGGCAGGCAGGAGACCAGGAUGUGACUUCAGCAAUCCAAAUUAGACUUUGCCUGACUCAAAGAAUGCCAGAAAGCAGAUCCUUUAUAUAGGCCAUGGGGUGUGGCUCCAUGACUCAGCACUUAUCCAGGCCUGCCCCUCCCUUCCUUUUGCUGACGUCGCCUUUCCAUUCUCCGGAAGCGUGGAUCUAUCCACUGCAUCGUUUCAUCCCCAGCUGCCGGCAAUUCCAGCUUGUGGCUGGCUUCAGGCGCACAUGCUAUCGGGGGGAGGUUUGUUUGCUCAGUUUGUCUGGGCAUGGUGCCAGGCUGGGGGCUGGAGGCAUGCCAGCACAUUCUUCUGCACUAUCAGUCUCUGGCUGAGAUAGCAAAAGAUGAGAGGGGCCCGGCUGCGGAGAGGGGGGCGAGCGAGGCACAACAGCUACGCUUUCUGGCUUGAAACUGAGAAGAGUACUGAGUGUCACUCCUUCAGUUUUUCUUUGCCUCCUUAAAACCAGUGGAAUGCUCAGGUGCAUGCUUAUUGUCUUGUACACACGGAAAGCAAUGUGAUCGCAAUGGUAACCUAUGGCUGAGAACUGCCAGCACAUUACACAAACAGCUUAUUCUCUUGAAAUCUCUUCCUCUCCAAUCUCUCUGCUCUGGGAGGAAGGAAGAA